AAAACGGCAGAAAGAGAACAUCUACCACACCGGGGUUUGGUCAGAAAAAGGAAAGCCUCAGCUGCUAUACCGGGAUAAAUAUACUGUACCAGGCGGGGAUAACAGCGGUGUUCACCGGGGCUCCCUUCACGGCUGAUCAGUGACUGGAGAGGAUGAUGCUCUGCUGAAUCCCCCCCUCCUUUAUCCUCCACACCACCACCUCCAUCAUGAACCACACCCCCAGCCCCCACCUGUCGGAGGGUGGGAAGUCUUCCGGAGGGGGCCUGCUGUGCAGCCUGGGUCUGGGAUCCGACCGGGGCAUCCGCUCCCCGGACAGCCUGGCCCACACCCCCAGCCCCACCGGAGAAACCCCGAGCUCUAGCCCCCCCCUGCUGCUGUCGCCCGGGCUGGGUGGCUUUGGGCUGGUGUCCCUGGGGGCCAUGGGCGAGGGGGCCGACUGGGAGAGCAGGGAGGAGCUGAGGCUCCGGGAGCUGGAGGAGGCUCGGGCCAGAGCGGCACAGAUGGAGAAGACCAUGAGGUGGUGGUCCGACUGCACCGCCAACUGGAGGGAGAAGUGGAGCAAGGUGCGUGCGGAGAGGAACCGGGCCCGGGACGAGGUGCGCCAGCUGAGGCAGCGGCUGGACGCCCUCACCAAGGAGCUGAGCGGCGUGCGGCGGGAGCGGCAGGAACUGGCCUCUGAGAACGAGACACUACGGCAGGAAACGCUGCGUCUCCGUGGCGACCAAGCUCCUGGCGCUCCUCCUCCGUCUGCCACUUCUCCAUCUUCCUCCCCUGCACACCCUUCCUCCUCCUCCUCCCCGUCCAUACCUCCUUCCUCCCCUGCCUCCUCCUCCUCCUCUCAGGUCCACACUGACGGCCAGCCGGACAGGGUGGGGGAGAGACCGCCGGGGUCUCCGGAGCCAGAACCAGUGAGGGACGUGGACCUGGACAGACAGAAGAUGGUUCUAGAGAAGGACCUGGAGGUGCUGGAGUCCGUCCUGCACUCCCGGGCCCCGGACGGUGACCCUCAGGAGUGCUGGGAGAAUCGGGGGGCUGUGAACUCCUCCACCCCCCGCUCAUCCUCCGCUCUGAGCCGGCAGGAACGCAGCAGACAGCUGUGGGAGGACCUCGGCACUGGGGAGGAGGACUCGGGGAAACUGAACGCUCUGCAGCUCCGCCUGGACGAGUCCCAGAAGGUCCUGCUGAAGGAGAGAGAUGACAAGCUGGCUCUGAGUAAGAGCAUCGAGAGGCUGGAGGCUGAACUCACUCAGUGGAAGUUUAAAUAUGAGGAGCUCAGCAAGACCAAACAGGAGACCCUCAAACAGCUGAACCUGCUAAAAGAGAUGCAUCAGGAUGAACUGGGCCGCAUAUCUGAAGACCUGGAGGACGAGCUGGGGGCCCGGACCAGCAUGGACAAGAAACUAGCCGAGCUCCGGGCUGAGAUGGAGAGGCUGCAGGUGGAGAAUGCUGCAGAAUGGGGACGCAGGGAGCGCUUGGAGACGGACAAACUGGCCCUGGAGAGAGACAACAAGAAGCUGAGGGCCCAGGCUGAAGACCUGCAGGAGCAGCUGGCCAAGAAGCGGCGUCAGGCUGCCUCUGCACUCGACACCGACAUGAAGGCCAUCCAGAGCGAGCUGUUCGAGAGGAACAAGGAGCUCGCUGAUGUUCGCCAUGUUCACGCUAAGCUGAAGAAGCAGUUCCAAGAGAAGAUGGUAGAACUCGCCCACGCCAACCGGAGGGUGGAGAGCCACGAGGCCGAAGUGAAGAAGCUCCGACUGAGGGUGGAGGAGCUGAAGAAAGAGUUGGGACAGGCGGAGGAUGAGUUGGAUGAGUCCCAUAACCAGACCAGGAAACUGCAGAGAUCUCUGGAUGAGCAGGUGGAGCAGACUGAGAACCUGCAGGUUCAAUUGGAACACUUACAGUCAAGACUGCGGCGGCAGCAGCCGAGUCCAGGUCUGUUUGUGAAGAUGCGCUCGGCUCGGUUCAGUCCUGAGAGCGCAGACGGUCCAGCCAGCGACGUGGACGAGGAGGAGGAGCAGCUCCAGAUCCCAUGACGCUCACACCUGCAGUCAUACAGGAAAUACUUCACACAAACAUCAGCUGACACAUGAAGAACUUGAAAUAGUUUGUCUUUUGUGCAAACGUUGUAUCUUCAGAGACAUUCUGCAACAGGAAGCAGCUGUCUACUGCUCAACCAGCAAGUUCUUAAAGGACCGCUGACACAUUAUGGGAGAUAUUUUACCCAGAUCAAAACAUCAAAUCAUUUAUCUAUGUGCAUCCAUGCAAAAUGCUAAUUUUAGGCAAUUAAUGGAUGCACAUUUUAAUAAUCAAAAUAAAAGAAUCAUUAAAAAACAGAAGCGUUCAUCUGGAGUUUAAACAUGACCAAGGCAAUGUGACAACGUUUCCUCACCGCAGACAAAUGAUUAGCACGCACCUAAUCCUGAUGCAGAACACACACAUUCUCAUACACACUCACACACACCUCAACAGACUUGCAUUAAUGGACGCACAGCUACAAGAUGAAAACAGCAGGCGUGUGACAGACUUUAAGGAUCUUCUUUACUGGAGCAGUGAUUCAUUCUUACCUCAGCAGCAUCACCCCUCUCCCCUCUGUCCCCCUGUCCAUCCAUCAGCAGUAUUAAUACUCUCCGCUGUGAAGAAAAUAUGCAGCAUUGAAAGCCCGGUCACUUCUGCAAUUUAAACCGCUGCAUUGAAAAACAAAAAUGUCUAUUCAUUUCAAUGGAAUCUGAACAUAUCUGGUAUGGUGAACUUUGACAAAUAGCUCUUUACUCUGUCCGAGUAUAAAUUCUUACUUUAUUAGUAUUACCCACAGAGCUGUGCAGCAUGCCCACCUGAAAGUUAGCAUCGAGGGGCUCCCUCCAUAAAAUGCAAUGGGAUUUUUCUAGAAAAUGAUCUCUGUGACAAACACACGUUUAUGAUACUUAUGGGUUAUGUUCAGAUGAAUAACCUCCACAUAUGAACACCGCUUUAUGAUUUUUGAAGUGUAAAUGCAGUUAUCAGAAGUAAAAAGUUAAUGCUAGGCUGUAAACAAACUACAUCCCAUUCCAUGAGGGGGCAUACUAUAGAGAGGAACUAAAACAUGAUCAGACGUAAUAAUGUUGGCUAGCGUAUUAGUGCUAAGCUUGCAAGAUACAGUGUUUCCCUCCUCAGUCCUCUAACUCAGGGGUUCCCAACCUUUAUUGUGCCAAGGACCGGCAGAUACAUUAAAAAAAAUCGCGGACCGGUUGUCAAU